GAACGUAAACAAACUUUGCCGCAUGUAGAGAAUACUGCAAGCAGCUCAAUCAGCAAAUUUCGUAAUUAUAACCUGGAGUACAUUUAGUGUGAGAUGUAAAUAAGCAAUUUUGUCUUAGUAAAGCAAAGCUAUGAUAAAGGUUGCUGUAUCUGGAAAGAAUUUUUCGAAGCUGCUAUGUAGUUCAGCAGGUAUAACUACAAGAAAAGCUGUGAGUGGUACCAGAAGCAAGCACAACUUGCAAUCCACAGAAUUACAUGAUUUCCACUUAAAACAUGGUGGUAAAAUGGUUGAUUUUGCUGGAUGGUCAAUGCCAGUGCAGUAUUCCGACCUUGGUAUAAUUCAAUCUCACCACCAUACUCGUAACAGUGCAUCUUUAUUUGAUGUUUCACACAUGCUUCAAUUCAAGCUUCAUGGUAAAGAUAGAACUAAAUGCCUGGAAGAGUUAGUUGUUGCAGACAUCGUAGGUAUGCCAGAAAACAGUGGUGGGUUAUCGUUGUUUAUGAAUGAGAAUGGUGGUAUAAGAGAUGAUUGUAUCAUCAAUAAUGCUGGUGAUCAUCUUUAUGUUGUUUCAAAUGCAGGAUGUGCACAUAAAAUUAAACCACUAAUGCAGGACCAUGUGUCUGGACGAAAAAAUGAGCUAGACGUUGAGCUUGAAUUUUUGGAUACUAUGUCUCUUCUAGCAAUUCAAGGCCCGAAGGCAGCCAAAGCUUUGCAAAAUGGCGUUUCAGAAGAUUUGUCACUGUUAAAAUUCAUGAAUGGAAAAACAAUAGAAGUGUUCGGUGUGGCUGAUUGCAGAGUGACUCGAUGUGGGUACACGGGUGAAGAUGGCUUUGAGAUAUCUAUACCAUCAUCAAAGAUUGAGCAUGUGGCGGAAAGCUUUCUUGCUUGCGAUGAUGUGAAACUUGCAGGUCUUGGAGCUCGAGAUACGUUGCGACUUGAAGCCGGCCUGUGUUUGUAUGGUAAUGAUAUUGACGAAUCGACAACGCCAGUGGCUGCAACUCUGUUGUGGACAAUAGCUAAACGCCGACGAUCUGCUGCAGACUUUCCAGGUGCUGAAAUUAUACUAAAUCAAAUCAAACAUAAACCAGCAAGAAAAAGAAUAGGACUAGUUUCUGUUGGUCCACCUUCUAGAGGACAUACACCAGUAUUGAACGUGGACGGAUCUGUUGUAGGUGAAGUCACAAGCGGUUGCCCUUCGCCGUCACUAAACAAAAAUAUUGCGAUGGCUUAUGUGGAUAAAGAAUUGGCGAAACUCGGAACUAUAUUAAAGUUAAAGCGCGGUAAAAAAGAAAUUGAGUGCGAAGUAGUGAAAAUGCCAUUUCUCCCGACGAAAUAUUAUUUUUAGGAAUAAAUUAUACCUUUUUAUAAAAA